AUCCAUGACAUUAACGAUACGACUAUCUUCAUAUCUCUCCAGAGCAGCCUCCACAGGUUUCAAAAGACCUCUACCUCGAACACGGACGUGGUCUUCAUUCACAAUGGGAGACCAGGAUCUCACGAUCGACACACUGCACACCUCAUUUCCCUACGCCUGGCUUCGUGAUUCAUGUCAAGGAAAGGAAUGCGUUCACCCAGCUACCACACAGAAAUUACACCAGACUUCGGAUAUAUCGCCUGAUGUCAAACCCAUUAUUGUGAGUCUGGAAGGUGAAAAGGGCAUCAAUAUCGAAUGGGAAGACGGGCAUAAAUCAUUUUUUGAAAGAGAGUUCUUGGAGAGACAUUCGUCGCCAAAGGGAUUAAACGAGUUUCAUAAGGAUAUUUCUCAGAAAUUUUGGGAUAAGGAUCAGAUUUCUCAGUCUAAAGAUUUGUUCAUACCGUAUGAGGAAUUGAAGGCACCAGCGGGGUUAUUGAAGGCUAUGAACCAGCUUCGGCAGUAUGGGUUGCUCUUUGUCCGAGCCGUCCCUAAUGAAGUGACGGAUCACCAGAACUGUGAACUUCGUCAGCUUGCUUCUCUAUUCAGUGAUAUACGACCUACAUUCUACGGCGAGGUCUGGGAUGUUCAAAACAAAAAUAGUGAGAAUAUUGCUUAUACCAAUCUAAACCUUGGGUUCCACAUGGAUCUUCUAUACUUCUCAAAUCCACCUCGCUACCAAAUCCUCCAUUGCAUACGCAACAAAGUAGAGGGCGGGACGUCCUUGUUUGCCGAUGCUUUCAACGCGGCAUACCAACUCAGAAAGAUCAAUACCCAGUUUUUCGACGUCCUCUCGAAAACACCGGUAUCUUUCCAAUAUGUAUUUGGCGAACGACAUUACCACCAACUUCAUCCCACCAUCCAGCUAUCGCCUACAAACAGCUCCCACGUCGAAUAUAUCAACUACAGUCCACCGUUCCAAGGACCAUUACUACUAUCGACACCGAUCAUGUUUUACCAUGCAUUGCAAAGAUAUGAUCAAGCACUACAGGAUUCACAAAAUGUGUAUCAUUAUACAUUGUGCGAGGGCGAUGCGGUUUUGUUCGACAAUCGAAGAGUAUUGCAUGCGAGAACUGCUUUCAAGGAUCCAGUUGUACAGCAGAGAGAAACUGUUAACCGGUGGUUAAUGGGCUGCUAUUUUGAAGGUGACGAAAUGUGGGACAGGGCAAGAGCACUCGGAAGGCGGCUCGACGAAAAGCCUUCGAUUGUUCCUUGA